GAUGAUGUUUUUAUAACCUAUCAUCUGCAGAUAAUCGUUGUCUUGAGCUCAAAAAGCAGUAUAAACAUUAUUCAAAUCAGGGAGCCAAAUGAACGGCUCUUUCACAGAUGCGAUUCGGUCCCCGCCGUUCACCAAAAAGAGCCGUUCAAAAAGAGCCGUUCUUUCGCGAACGACCCAUCACUACCACUUUGUACCCUUCAGCAGCUUCUGCUUUUCAAAACGGGGUGUAGGAAUAUUCGUCAACUUGUCUUUGCAGAGGACACGGGUCUGUAAACAUUCUGUUUGGCAGAAUAUCCCGGGCGUGCUCUACGCUGGCGAAAAUGGAGGGGUUUCUACAGAGAUGUCGCGCUGCAUUAAAGGGCAGUUCGGAUGGCAGCUCUGGGAUCCACGUUGUCCUUGGCAACGAGGCCUGUGACCUCGACUCCAUGGUGUCGUCCCUCGCCUUCGCCUACUUUCUGUCCAAAACGUCUGGCAGCUCGUGUAAGACUGUGGUGCCAGUGCUGAACAUCCCGAGGGCCGAGUUCCCCCUGCGUUCAGACAGCGUGUUCCUGCUGAAGGAGAGCGGGGUUCCACAAGAGGCUCUGGUGUUCCGUGACGAGGUGGACCUGGCAGGGCUCUAUAGAGCCAAGAGGCUGGUGCUCUCCCUAGUGGACCACAACGUGCUUCCUAGUGCCGACAUUGACUUGGAGGAGGCAGUUGUGGAAGUCAUUGAUCACCACCACCUCGAGCGGACACCCUCCACUUCCUGUUCGGUCACCAUGGAAACCGUGGGUUCCUGUGCCACUUUGGUGACGGAGUACAUUCACCACAAGGCACCUGAAGUGCUAGACAGACAGGUGGCCCAAUUAUUAUACGGGGCCAUCGUGCUAGAUUGUGUCAACAUGGCACCAGAGGCGGGCAAGGUCACACCCAAGGACAGCCAUCUGGCCUGCCUACUGGAGUCGCGCUUCCCCAGCCUACCACCCAGGGGCACCCUUUUCCAGUCCCUACAGAGCGCCAAGUUUGACAUCUCAGGUCUUUCUACAGAGCAGAUCCUGCUGAAGGACAUGAAGGCUGUCUCCAGAGGCGACCUGAGACUGGCAGUCAGCGCUGUGUACAUGACACUAGAUAUGUUCCUACAGCGGAAGAGCCUACAACGGGAGCUUUGUGAGUUCUGUCACAAACAUCGUUUUGGUGCGGUGGUCGCCAUGACAAUCUCUUUCAAUGAACGCAGCGAGCCCCAUCGGCAGCUGGCGGUCUACAGCUCCAGCACCCUCUAUAGGGAGGAGGUGAGCCAAGCAUUAGAAAAGGCCCGGAACCCCUCUCUGUGCAUCUCUCCAAUGAGCAGCCCCUUCAACGACAUCAAGUCCUAUCUCCAAGGCAACGCGCUGGCCUCCCGCAAGAAAGUGCUACCUAUCCUCAAGGACUUCCUGAAGGAGUGGGACAAGAAGCAAGUGCAUUGUGGGGAGGCGGAGGACUUUGAGGAGCUGGACAACCACUUUGACCCCACGGGGUCGCUUGGUAUCGACGGAGACGCCCGUCCCCACUGCUUCUCGGCCUCUCGGCACCACCGCCGCCGCCUGUUGGGUGCCGAGGACUAUGGGACGGAGGAGGACUUCCAGGUGCCGGCCACACCCAUGAACAGCCUGGUGGAGGGCUGUCCACUGGACGCCGGCCUGCCCCAGAUCAGCGCGGAAGCCAUUUUGGAGAAGUUCAGCUACAUGGUAGGGGAAGCAGGGGAAAAUAAAGAUGUCAGCUGGCCAGGUGAUCAAUAACCUUCCAUUGAUGCCUUUAAAUCCUAGUGCCCCUGGCUCUCUGUCCGCGUGCACUGCAACCCAACCAAAAGACUAUAAGGACUGUUCAAACUCAGAAGCAUAUCAAUCAAUUGUAUGUUUCAUAAGGGACAUCUCAUAGCGGAUUAUAAUGACAAUCCAAGGGGCCAUGUACAGUAACUGACUCACUGGUUAUAUAGCAAUCCAAGGUUUUCUAUCAGCAGCUCCGGUAAUUGACUGGAAACAGGGUCGUGUUCAGGAGGAACAAAACCGCCCAAAACGGAGUGAAGCAGGGAGGUACCAUCUUAACUUAUCUAAUAAGAAAUGCUCGUUCUUGUUUUCCGUUGCAAAAUGUUUUGCUACGGUGUGCCCAAAUGAACACAACCCUGGACUACCAUGGCCAUCAAACUGAUCACCAAGUUCUUAUGGAUGCUUUACUCAAGUCAGGACUAACAACACCAUUACGAAGGAUAGGACAUCCUUCUAAAAGACUGAAAAAGGCAUGACUUGUACCUUUGAAGACUCCAGACAACAAUGAAGGUUCAAUGGAGUUUUCUCUCUGUAUCCCAUCUGAGUACAUGGGACUGCCUCAUUGGUUAGUGCCAUCUCCAAGUGUAUUGGUAGUAGAUUGGACAUUUGGAAAAUACAUGAUGGACUAAUGUAAUGAAUCUUUGAAGGGCCUAUUUCAAUGUCACAGGCAUUUGAGUGAAGCUUUAUUUUUAGGAGAAUAUUGCCCUGGAGAAUGACUUUAUUCAUUUUUGCAGCAUGUGUUUCAGUAGUCCUGGUCCUUGAAGACUGCAGAGUUUGCUGUUUUUUAGUGCAACUUAUCUAUGUACAGCUUCAGUAGUGAGUUAUUGAGCUGAUGAUUGAGCACGUGAUAUCUCCUGGCAUGUGUGCGAGCGUGUGUGUGUGUCUGUGUGUGUGUGUCUGUGUGUGUCUGUGUGUGUGUGUCUGUGUGUGUCUGUGUCUGGAGUUCUUGCUUAGCGUGAUGUCGUGAUGACAUUAUCAUCAGGGUUGUUUCAGUCCAUAGUUCUCCUCAUUGUCGGAAUCCAUCUGGAAAAGAAAGAAGGGAAGAACACUCACCCUCCGUACAGAGAGAGAGGUGGAGAGAUACAUACCAGAUCUCAGAUGCUACUCUGCUGUUCAUUCAUGCGUAUGAACUGCCUGCCCCCAGUCAGAUCUCUAAAAUUGCAGGUUUCCUUUUUUUCCCCUGUCAUGAAUGUUGUUCUGGAGGCAGCUCUGCAGAGUGGUCACUAGCUGGCACAGCCACAAAGUCCUACAAUCUGAUUUCAAACCUAACCCUAACCUAACCCUAACCUUAACCCUAAUCAUACUGCUAACCCUACUGCAUAACCCGAAACUUAAAUUAAGACCAAAACCCUUUUUGUUUUCAUGAAUUUCUACAAUAUAGACAUUUUGGAGUUUGCAGGUGGCCCAUCUACCCGGAAAUCGCAUUGUUUUGCCUCAAGGACAAGACUCAUCCCAAUAAACAUUAACCUGUGCUAAAUAUACUUUCUCUCUCUCUCUCUCUCUCUCUCUCUCGCAGGUUUGUCUGAGAUUUAGAUCACAAAGCUACUUCAGCUGCCCAAAUAUACACAAAUCUUAUGUGGAACUUAUCGUCUAGCUUAUCGUCUAGAUUUAUUCAGGGAAUUACCAUUGAUUAUGUCGUCCUAAUGACGUCAUAACAUUUUGAUAACAAAUGAAGUGAUGCAGAGGUUGACUUCAUGCAUACAAUUUUGCGCUGAAUUUCGUUCAGCAUGUUAUUCCUGCAUUACAAAAAAAACGGUGAUACGUUUCUAUUAAUACCCCCCUUUGUAUUUUUGAGUUACCAGACAUUUGCCUGUUCCCAGAUCUGUUUGUGCUCUUGCCAACUCCUAUCAUCAGUGUUGACUAUACAGCAUCAACAGAACUGGGCUAGUGAUGAAUUGCUCUGAUGAUGGUAUCUGAUCUGGAAUCUGUGUCGCAUACCCCAGAGAGCCUUGUGGCGGUUCAUUUGAGGAAACAUUACUGCAUUAGUGCAGAUGUCUGCUUCAUUAGCUGUCUGUAGUUGGGCCUGAGGAGUAGGUUUGAACUUGCUGAACCACAGAGAUGUGCAUACACCCCUAGGAAAACCCACAUACAGAUGAAUGCAUAGACACAAACACAUUAGACAGUGGCCCGAUUCCAUUUCCGUCACUAGUCCCUUCCUUUACGUCUACCAUUUCAGUGUUCCCAGAUCACAAGGAUUCGAUAGGUCUAAGUAAGUGAUAAGAUGAUGGCUCCACCUCGUUCGAUAGGGUAUGUGAAGGUUCUACCAUACACUCACCUAUCCAGUCCUUUUGCAUCGUGGAACUUCAAACUCUGAGAAUAAGGGAGGGCGGCACGGACUAAAAUGGAAUCCUGCUAGUCUCGCUGGAACUUUGGGCUUUGUUAGAAUUCCCAGAUUUUAAUUAAUAUAUCUUUGACAACAGAAAACAUCUUAGAAUGUUGACUAGCCCUGUGCUGAACCAUUUAAUGAAGAUAUUAAAUGAAGAUAGUAUAGUUGAUCAUGCCACUUGAUUAUAUAAAUCAACCAUGCAGUUUCAUUGAUUUAUUCUCUACAUCACAGCGAGAAAUAGUUUAUAGUAAAAUAAUAUGUUGUGUCUAGGCUAGCAUGGUAUUGAUAGUGAGUUUGCUAUUAAACAUACUCUGAAAGAUUAUUAUAUUGAGCCUCAGGUAUUAAAGAUUUGGCAAUGCUUGGCUUGUAGUUGUGUUUUUUUCUCUUUUUUUGCCAGCUAAACCUGCAUGAGCCAAAAAAAAUCCAUUGUGCUAAUUAUGUUUUGUCCUUCUUCUUUAUCUCCAAAUAUACUUUUUGUUGAAAUGUUUCAUGGGAAAUGUAGCUUAUGUGGUGGACAGUGUAAUGGCUCGGUGACUCUGCAGUUUAAUUUGAACACUAAAACGAGUUUGUUUUUCCCAUACCAUUUGUCAUGAUUACAUGUUUUAGUAAACACUCUUGUCACUGUGGUGUUCUAAUUUCUCCAAGCCUUUAAUUGACGUUUGAUAUGUUAGCUUGCUGGACUUGUUUAGCUUCUAAACAGGUUGAAUGACAACAAGUCAUUCACAAUGUUGUUUCUUUAACUCAAACUGGUUCCCUUUUUCAGUUUCUCAUGGCUUUCAUCCAAAGAUGCCCCUCCUCAACCCCUCUACAUGCAGUUCCUUUCAGCAUGGCUAGUUUUGUGAAUUUUAUGCAGGACAAUCGGGAUUCAACUUCCCUUUUAUUCAAGUACGCAAUAUGAUAAGUGUUUCCUGUGCGGUUCCUGAAUGCGAAACCACGUGUAUGACGAGAUUAUAAGAGAAAAUGUUAAAAUAUGCACUUCUAUUAAAAAAAAAUGAUUUUAA